AUGGCAGCAAAAGGAGAAGGGGAUGAUGAGAAACUGGCAGGAGCCUGCCUAGGUGGAGCGGAUGUUCUGCCUGCCCCUCAGAACCUAUCUAUACAUUCAACCAACAUGAAGCAUGUCUUAACAUGGACCCCAGUGAUUGUGCCUGGAGAAAGAAUACACUAUUCUGUCGAGUACCAGGGGGAGUAUGAGAGUCUGUAUCUAAGCCACGUCUGGAUUCCCAGUCACUGGUGCUCACCCACAGAAGGUCCUAUGUGUGAUGUCACUGAUGACAUCACUACUACUGUGUGGUACAACCUCCGAGUCCGAGCCACACUGGGCUUACAGACUUCAGACUGGAGCAUCCUGGAGCACGGCUUUAAUAGAAACUCAACCAUCCUCACUCCACCCAAGAUAGAGGUUACCAAGGAUGGCUUUUAUCUGGUUAUUGAGCUAGAAGACCUGGGGCCUCAGUUUGAGUUCCAUGUGACCUACUGGAAGAGUGAGCCUGAUGCCCAGGCACAUAUCAAAGUGGUGAAGAGUGGGAACAUUCCAGUGCACCUGGAAACCAUGGAGCCAGGGGUCAAGUACUGUGCAAAGGCUCAGACAUUCGUGAAGGCCAUUGAGAGGUGUAGUGCCUUCAGCCAGGCAGAAUGUAUCGAGGUUCAAGGAGACGCCCUCCCUCUGGCGCUGGCCUUGUUUGCAUUUGUUGGCUUCUUGCUGCUCCUCAUAGUUGUUCCUCUCUCCAUCUGGAAGAUGGGCCAGGUGCUCCGGUAUUCCUGCUGCCCUACAGUGGUCCUUCCUGACACCUUGAAAAUAAGUAAUUCACCCCAGAAGUUAAUCAGCUACAGAAGGGAAGAAGUGGAAGCCUGUGCCAUGUCCGUGCUGUUUUCUGAGGAACUCCUCAAGGCUUGGAUCUAA